AUGACUCAAGAGGAACUCUGCAGUCGGCGAACCGAGGCGUCGAGAGUAGACUUGGUGAUGGAUACACGCAGUAGAAGACGACAGGAGGAAGAUGAGAGACUCUUUGAAAGUGAUGAAGAAGAAGAAGAAGUUGAAGUUGAAAGUCGAAAGUCGAAAAAAAAGCCCCAUGAAAUGGCCGAAAAGGGAAGUCCGCCGUCAGGCGCUUUUCGGGGGACGCUAAACCGUUUUGGGACUCCGACGGGCGCGCAGUCGAAGUUUUGGUACAUUAUUUCUCAUAAUGAAGAUGAUGGAGAUGGAGAUGAUGGAGAUGAUGGAGAUGAUGGAGAUGAAGAUGGAGAUGAAGAUGGAGAUGAAGAUGGAGAUGGAGAAGAUGAUGAAGAAGAUGAAGAUAAUAAAGAAGGUGAAGAUGAAGAUAUAAAGAUGAUGAAGAAGAUGAAGAUAAUGAAGAUAAUGAAGAUGAAGAUAGAGAAGAUAGAGACAGGUGAAGAUAAGACGGGUGAAGAAGGACAGGUGAAGAACAGUGGAUAUACAGCAUAA